CGAUUGUUACUCGAUGUAUCGAUCAGCAAAAACAUCGAUUAAAAUAAUCGAUGUUGUAAUAAAAAGCAUCGAUUUUCUAAACAUCGAGUGAACAUUGCCCUCCACUACUGCCGACCCUUAAUAAAGAAGAAAAAUAACCUCUUGAACGAAAAAGAAAAGCGACAAAAACUUAAACCAGCGAAAGAGAUGUAUGCGAAUGUCCUGUGAACGCCGUGGUGAACAGGCGAUGGAUGGACGGAUGACGUUCAGCGAGGAACGUGAGACAGCCCUGCCGAGAAAUGCCGAUAACCCAUCACACCAGAUUUCGUCAACAUCUACGUCCGAGUCAACGAAUAACGACGUCAAAGAAAGACUGGCGAUAGAGGAGCGACUGGCUGCUAAAAUGUUUUCCUAUGAAAUUGUUUGCUUCUUCCUCGCGAUUACUUUUGCUGCCAUGGCUGCUCUACAUAGCUCACCUCCCAAAAUUUCCAAACCUCCUAUAGCGAAACCUUUCUUCGCUCAGAGCUCCAUAGUAUUGGAUUUCUAUAAGGGUCAUUUAGAUGCAAUGAUCGAAAGAAUAACGCAGGCGGAUUUUAGUUUUGUUAUGUAUUACGCUCCUUGGGAUGCGGAAAGCCAGGCUCUUCGUAAAGAAUUUGAAAGCGUUGCUCGGUUUUAUCAUCCACAGAUAUUCUUUGCAGCUAUUAAUUGUUGGCAUCCUGAUUCAGAAUGUAGAGCACAAUAUAAUAAAAUUCAUGGCUAUCCAGUGCUGAUGCUGUAUCCGGCCAGAGAAUCUGGUAUCAAUUACAGAGGAAUUCGCACAGCACCAUACAUGAUUCAUUUUCUAGAUGCGCUUAUGAAUCCUAUUGUCAGAAUAACACAUAAGGAACAACUAACAGAAUUAUUGAUUGCCAAUGAUGCAGUGGUUAUAGGAUAUUUUAAUUUUACAAGGUUGGAUAAAACUCCUGGAUAUCGAGAGUUUUAUAAAGCUGCAAUACGAUCACUGGAAAGAGAUCCUAACAGAGAAUUGGUAUUUGCUGUAGUAACUAGUGCAUCAUCCAGUAAAUUGCAUUACGGAGUCUAUAAGUUUCCAUCAGCAAAUUUACUCAUGUGGAAUGAAUCUUUAAGCUAUCCAGAAAACAAUGAAUGGACGUGUGAGAAUAUUCUCAGUUGGAUUAGCAGUUCUAUUCAUCAACCAUCCCUUUGGUUACAACCUCCUGGUGCCAAAGCCCUUACUUUCGCACCUUAUUUACACGAAGGACCUGUCUUAUUUCUUUUUACACCACGGAAUCCACUUCAUACAGAAAAUUAUAUUUACAAUCUAAUAAGAGAACUUGGCUUACAGUAUUACAACUGUGCAGAUAAUAUGCUAGUGAAGGAUAUAAUCGAUCGUUUGGAAAUGAAACGAAGUACAGCAAUGAUCCGUCACUUUUCUAGAAAUCAAGAAUGUGCCCAACUCCUGAACAAGACCAAUAUUUGUACUGAACAAAUAAAAGAAUCCAUUACUACCAUAUCAAUUCAGCGAUGGAUUAAUAAUAGUUGUUGUGCAAAUGUGGCGAUGAAUAAAUGCGACAUCUUGUGCAAGACGAAGGCGAUGAAUUCAUUAGAAAAAGAGAUCUAUAGAGCUAAAAAGUAUGAUGAUGUUUGCAAAGAUACUGACGUAUUCACAUCUCCUAUGAUUGGACAACAUGAAGAGCAGAUACACAAUUAUAACAAGAAUUCCAAGAUAAAAUUAGAGGAAAAGUCAAAUUUAAACAGGGUACAUACAGAUAUGAAGUAUAAAACAUCAUUAUUAAAUGAAGAAACCGAUUCACGAUCUGCAAGCAUUAUAAGAAGAAAUUUUUUAAAAGAAAGUUGCAAAAGAUGGUUAGCCGGAAACGAUUAUUAUCCAACAUUAUUUCCGCAGGAUUCUUCAAGGAAAUUUAAUCAGUUUAAAGAAUUGGUUUGCAAAACCAACAAGACAUUAGCUUUAGCUAUUGACAGUUUACAUUAUUCCCAUUUUGCGGAACAUCUUGGGAUUGAUCUCAAGGCGAAAAAUAAAACUACCGUUGUGAUCUUAGAUGCCGCACUAGAAAGUCAGUACGUCAUGCAUCAUAAUUUCAGCGAAUACACUCUCGUCAAUUUCAUAAACAGUUAUACGCAAGGUUUGCUAGAGCGAACAUUACGUUCGAACAAUCCACAGCGCAACGAGACGCAAAAAUUGAAUGAAAAAAACCACAAUAAUGAAGAGAAUUCGCAUUCACAAAUUCAUGUGCUAGAACUAACAACGAAAACAUUUUUGGACAUAAUUUUGGAUCCAACAAAGGACGUCGUUGUAAUGUACUAUUCUCCUUACUGUGGAUUUUGUAGUGCUAUAUCAUAUGUAUAUUUAACAGUUGCAUAUUACUUAUCCAAUAUGGAUCAUCUAAUCUUUGUAAAGAUUGAUGGGGACAAUAACGAUUUACCAUGGGAAUACAGCAUGAAUCGCUUUCCGUCCAUUUUAUUUUUUCCUGCAAAAAGGAAAGAGGACAGCACCGUAUUUCCAUUUUCCAUUCCUAUUACCAUUCCAAAUUUACUGAACUUUGUACUAGCGAACUUAAACGGCGAUUCCCACGUCGAAGCUUUGAUCAACGUCUGUCAAGCGGGAACCGGCGAAGCGCCGGAUAAAUGCAUCACCAGGACACGACGAUUGUGUUUAGAUAUUAUCGAGCAACUUCUGCAGGAUUACAGAAAGUUAAGGCGGCACUUGAAUUUUUUGGAUAAAAAAGUUGCGCGCAAUAAACGUAAGAUCAUUCUUCUAAAAUUAGAGCAUAUCAAGGAUAUUCAUUUGAUUUUGGGUUCUACCGUUGAUCUUGAUCGAAAGAGAGAUCGAACGAAGGCGCAAUUGAUUAAGAGAAAGUUUCAAAAAUACUAUAGCGCUAUUGGAUCGUUAGAAAAUGAUAAGACGGAAAGCCGGCCUUUUGCUAUUAAGGAUGCCGCGCGUACGCCAACUGCUAAACAUAAAUUGAUGAGAAGCGAAUUGUGAUAUAGAUUUUGCCUUGCAAAUCUAGAUAUGUCUUUGCUAUGAUAAAUAUAUAUAUGUAUAUAUGUAAUAAUAGAUAUUAAUAUGAAUAGAUAUUUUGGAAUACUCUCGAUAUUUCAGUAAUUAAAUUGAUAUCAAAUUAUAAAUAAAGAUAGACUUUUUUAACUUGACUAUCAUUUCUUAUUAAUAUAAAAGAGGAAAAAAUUUGUUAAUGAAAACAUAAUUAGAACCAGUAAUUUUACAAUCAACUUUAUGUAAUAAAAUCAUGAAAAAGGAUGUAUAAAGUUCUUGUAAAUAAGAUUGAAUAUAAGAGUGUGUCAGUAAAUAUUACCAAAUUAAAAAAUACGAUUAACUGUUUAAUUUAAGAUC